UGCACUCAAAGCUACAUGCUGGCCUUUGCAUUCAUGCCCCUAAAAGCUUCACUCUCACAGCUAUAUGCAGGUCCUUUUCAUUCUUCUUUUCUCUUCCAUCUUCUUCCUUUCCCACUUUACAUUACAAGCUAGACAAUUCCAUGGCAUCAAGUGGUUGCAAUCAGCCUGGAUUACAAUUGUACAUGCGUGUGCUCACUGCUCAUACAUGACAUGAUUGCAGUGCACCUAUAGUAGAUAGAUAGACAGACAGAUUUGGUGUGGGCUAUAUAGGCUGCUAGAGAUGGAUUACAAUAUAAAUAGCAGUUCAUAUGAGCGUGCGCAUACAUGCUUGUGCUCUGCUCUGCUUGCUGUCAAGAGUCUGUGCACACCUCUCAUUGCAGUGUUGCACGAGUGCGCCCACCCAGCAGCCAUGAUCCUUGUCUAGAUCUCUAGCUAUCUAUAAAGAUCCUUUUCACUUUGGUCCACACGCAUACAACAUGUAUACACGAUCGACCGAUCAGUGGACCAGCUAGCACCAUAUAUACACCACAUAUAUACAUACAGAUCUCUGGAUCUGUGCGUUUGAUUUCAGUUCACUAGACAUCGAGCUAGCUUGCAGGUAGAUGCUAGCAAUGGACCAUGAGCACCAUCAGCAGGAGGAGUCAUGUGUUCCCCCGGGAUUCAGGUUCCACCCCACAGAGGAGGAGCUGGUGGGGUACUACCUCGCCAGGAAGGUGGCCGCCCAGAAGAUCGACCUCGACAUCAUCCAGGAGGUCGAUCUCUACAGGAUCGAGCCAUGGGACCUCCAAGAGAGGUGCAGCGGUGGCAGGGGAGGACCGGGAGCGCGUCAGGUGGCAGAGGACGAGCAGUCGUCGUCGGAGUGGUACUUCUUCAGCUUCAAGGACCGCAAGUACCCGAGCGGCACACGCACCAACCGCGCCACGGCGGCCGGGUUCUGGAAGGCCACCGGCCGCGACAAGCCGGUGACGUCGUCGAGGAGCCGAGGGGUCAUCGGCAUGAGGAAGACGCUGGUGUUCUACCGGGGACGUGCGCCUAAUGGUAGGAAGACCGACUGGAUCAUCCACGAAUACCGCCUCGAGACCAGCGAGCACGCACCCACCCAGGAGGAAGGUUGGGUGGUGUGCCGGGCCUUCCAGAAGCCAACCCCGAACCAGAGGGCGUCCUACGUCUUCCCGGCGUACGCAGCCGCUCCGGGUCUCGGGGGAUACUUCGACGCUCGGCCCUGGCUGCACGGCCAAGCCGGCGACCUCCAUUACCUGCAAAGUGCCACAGGCUCUGUCGGAGCCGGCCGCCUUGGCUUCCCCGGCCAGAGCAUCCAGUACUCCGCCGAACUGCUGGACUCCAAGCAGAGCCUUUUCAACAACAUCCCGCAGCUCAUUGAGAGCCCGCCGAUGACCACCGCCGUUGCCGGUUGCAGGGACGCCGGCUACGACAUCGUCCAGCAGGGACAGGCGGCUGCCGGCAUCGACUGGGACUUCCUGGACAGCCAGCUGUCCACGUCACAGCUCCACGAGUACUCUGCCACUGCUACGUCACAUCUGCACCUAGAACACUGAAGUAGAGUUAGCAGACAUACCGUAGCAGCAUCGAUUUCAUUGUAUACAUGAUUUGCUAAUAAUUACUGUAGUAUCAUCGAGUACGGAUAGUAGAUGACGUCCAUGUUCUUCUGUUGCACCUGGACACACUUGGUUGACAUUUGUACCUAGAUAGACUACUCUGUUUCACUUAGCGAGUCCAUGUGUUUUACUGUAGACCACUCUGUUCCACUUACUGAAUAUAUGUGUUUUACCAUA